CCGCAAACCGAGCGACAGCGAGACAGAGAAAACUAGGGAUCCGCCGCCGCCGCCGCCGCCUCGCCCGCCACCCGUCCGUGCGUCGCCGCUCUACCCCCGGUCCACCCGUUCGACCGUCGCCGCCCACUCCGCCCGCCGUCGGUGCCCUCCGAGCUCCUCCCCUCCCGGUCAUCGCCCGCCGGCCGGCCGUGCCCAAAAGCGCCUCACAGAAUCACUGGUCAGCGCGUGGUCUUCCUCCACCUCCACCUCACAGCCCGCCGUCUUCCGCCCCAAGGACGACGAGAUCUCCCUCCUCACCGUCAACAUCACCACAGGCUUCAGCCCCACGAUAAUGGAGUGUGCAGCGAAGGGGAUAGUGGAGGAUCCAUGCGCCAGCGGCGCCAACCGGCGGUGCGGCAGCUGCGGGGCCGUAGCCUACUGCUCGAAAGACCACCAGUUCAUACAUUGGAAAGUUCAUAAAGAAGAAUGUGCAAGGCUUGCAACACAAAUGAGUCGCAUUGAUAUGCUCAGCCAAUUUCCGUUCACAUUCUCCGUCGAACCUCAUGCUCUGAAUCAUACAAAACGAAGUAUGAGGUGCUUAUUUUUGGAGUCAAUGAAAGUUCACCUGAAAGGACUCUGGAAAUCAGGAUGCAUGUGUGGCCCAGAUAUUGCUUCUGUCAAGGACCUGAGCAUAACAACUGAAUGGAACAUGGAAAGCUCACUUUGCCCAUGUACAGAGCCUGAAAAUCCUGUGCCCGCACCCCUGGCAAGCUGGGAAGACUACUUUCAGUGGAGAUCCCUUCCUUUACAUUCACCUGUGGCAGUUUUACUUCACUGGCCACUUACUCUAUAUCAUUGCCUUCAACUAUCUCGCAUCCAAACCUCAAGAUAUGAUGGGCAUGACACUCUGCACAUUCACUAUUUAGGACCUGAGAAAGAGUUGCUUCAGCUUGCGGUGUUUGCAGAACUACGUGCACUAUUUCCAGGUGUCCACCUUCGCAUUGAACUUGUGGGGCCAGCAGUUCCAAGAUCCAGGGAUGGUGAAGUUGUAAAUAUUUCCAGCUAUCCAAAUUGUUCUGGUGAGAGCUGCCAUUGUAGAUCUUCUAUUGCCUCUGAGAACUUGAAUUGCAGUGAGGUGACACUGAAAAUAUGGAAAGGACUCUAUCAUGAGAGAUAUGGUGAUAUAGUAAAGGAUUCAAAUCCUCAUCUUAUACUUGCCCCAAAUGCGGGUGUAGCUGCUUAUCCUAGUUGGAUGCCAACUAUUGAAAUGAUUAGGGGAAUUGGAGUUCCUGCAAUCUUUACCGACUUUUGCGAAGAAGCUGCUCAUCUGGCCUCUUGCUGCAUAAGCUCCAUAACUGGCCAACCCCUGGGACUCCCUAUACAGGUAAAUCCUUUCAGGCAGCCGAUUGCAGAGAACAAUAGUGCGCUAUACAUACCAUGCUACUCGAAUGGUUUUGUUUUUGGAAUGUAAAUAGCCAUUUUAGCCCCCUUUUUAUCAUCAGAAAAUAUUCAGACGUUCAUAUGUGGAGGUAUGACAAUGUAACUUUUCAUACUUAUAGAGCAAGAUAGUACAAACUAUGUUUUACAUGGAUGAUA